UCCGUGGCAUGUGGGAUCUUCCCAGACCAGGGAUCGAACCUGUGUCUCCUGCAUUGUCAGGUGGAUUCUUAACUGCUGCACGACCAGGGAAGUCCCUAGGCAGAUAAUGUUCUAAUGGGAGUGGGCAGCUGGAGUUCAGACUCUGUGGGGUAGCAGGUCCUGGGCCCAGUUUUCCUGGGUUCUGUGCUUGCUCUGUCUCCAAGGACUGCAUGACCAAGACUUCCUUGAGCCUCAGUUUCCCUAUCUGAAGCUUGAUCCUUCUCCCCUCACAUCUCCUUUGAAUUCUAGUAAUAAAUAGGGGAAUUCAUUGGGAGCAGUGAAAAAAAAUGGAGUUUUCCAGGCCUCUUGAUGGCUGUAGAGUCUAGAGCUCAGUCACUAGGGAUGGGCAGGGCUAGAAUCUUGGAGGCCCAGCUUUGUUUGAGCAACUGACCUGGCAACGGGCUGGGCCUGACAAACACUUCUGGCUUUCUAUAGUCUCCUCUGCUGUCUGUAUCUUCAGGCCACUAUGGUGCUGCUCAGGCCCCUGGUGCUUCUUCUUGCUCUGGUUGUCUCUGGUGAGGAGCUGGUGGGUGGGGGAACUCCAGUUCUCACCCCCUGACUCCACAGUGGAGUCUUGAUCCCUCUCAGAUAAGCUACCAUGGAGGACAGGGGGUGGGGGGAGCCAGGAAAUGGCAAAGAUCUGUAUCCCUGACCCUCAUUCCUUCUCUUGGCUGCUUCCUCGACCAAGUUCUCACUCCCAGUCUGUGAAAUGAGCUGACCCAUGGUUGGAUGUGGGGGACAAGGAAGGACUUUGGCUGCUUGUUUCCAGGAUGUGGCCAGGCCCUAAGGCAGAAAGGAGGGACUCUGAUUGUGUAUAUGGUUCCAUGAGAAUGGGGGCCUCCAGCCUGAAUCAUCUCUUCCUCACAGACCUCCACUCCCUGCCCUGGUUCAUAAAUGUCUCUGAGAGCCAGGGACCUGGCACCAUCCUUCAGUCUUUCUCCUUCAACUGCUCUUCACACACACCCACCCUGGAGUUGCUCCAUGUGCAGCCACCCACCACCUUCUUCAACCCACCUAGCCUAACUAGAUGGCAGGGGAUCUAUGUGGGCAAGAUGACCUUGAGCAGCUCGGCCCGGCUGGAUGCCCUGACAGUGAACCACUAUGAACUGCAGCUGCGGUUCACAUGUGGCAACCAUGUGAUGGAGGGGCCACUGUCUGUGGAUGUGCAGCGGGACCCUGGCCAUAUCCAGUGUGCUGGUCGAUUUGCCAGCCCAGCUGGGGAAAUCAUUCAGGUGCCAGAAACUGUCAAACCUGGGGCCCGGCUGUACACUCUGCUGCUCCCAGGCCAGGGAGCCCAGAUGAGCAUCACCAGUGCCCAGGAUCCGCCAUACUUCCCUGGACCUUUCUCUAUCAAUGGGCAGGGUUGGCUGCAGGCGCCAUCCCAGGGCCUCAAAGGCCAGGCUCAAAAGGUCUUCCAGCUUCAGAUCCUGGUGAACUUUGGACAAGGCCGAAGCUGCUGUGGGAUGCUGACAGUGAAAGUUUUGCCUGCUCCCUCCAGCCAGGUCUCCUUCCUGCAGCAAGCCCAGAAUAUCACCAUCCCGGAGAACCUGGUCCCCGGAAGUAAGGUGGUUCAGGUCCAGGCCCGGGGCUUCGGUGUGCGCUACGAGAUCCUCUCCCCAGUGCCCUGCCGGCUCUUCUCCAUCGGACGCGUCGACGGAGUGGUCCGGACAACGUCGCCCCUGGAGCUGGCGCAAGCCCCAGACGCCGCGGUCACUAGGCUGCGGGUGAAGGCCUUUGAGCGUCUCCGGCCGUGGGCCAGCGCCGAGCUUGAUUUCGAGGUGGACGUGCAGUCGGUCAACCGCUGGCCCCCGCGCUGCACACCAGCGCUGCUGGCGACUCAAAUCCCCGAGACCACGCCUGUGGGCACCGUGCUGAAUACCUUCACUUGCACUGACCCGGACUCUCCUGGCUCCACCCUGGACUACCAGCUACUGUUCCACAGCCCUGCUGGCGCAGCCAGCCUCUGCCUUCAAGACAGAGUCCUGGAGGUGAAUGCCACACUGGACUGUGACACUCCUGGCGCCUGCUUUCAUCAUGCAGCUUCCAUCCUGGUGCUUGAUGGUGGUCAGCCUCUGAUGACCACUGAGGUGCCAGUACUGGUGAUGGUAACACCUGUCAACGAGUUCUCCCCAGCCUGUGUCCCACGCACAUUCCGGGUUCGUGAGGAUGCAGGGCCCCACGCUCUUCUGGGCUCUGUGGUGGGCAAGGACAUGGAUUACCCGCACGACAGCAUUGAGUACUCCACCCCUGGCGGGUCUGCCACUUUUGCUGUGGACCGUCUCAGCGGGGAGGUUCGCCUCCUGGGGCCUUUGGACUAUGAGCUGCAGAAGUUCCACAGGCUCACUGUCCUGCUGACUGACCAUAGCCAAGACCAGGACCCCACCUGCCACCGCUCAGGCUCUUGCACAAUUACCAUUGAGGUGGAGGAUGUGAACGACCAUGCCCCCGAGUGUGAGCCCCCAUUUCAGGAGCUCACCGUCCACACUCACCUGGGCCGCAGCAUGGAGGUGACCAGGGUGUCAUGUCGGGUGCCCCAAGAGCCACAGCGCCUGGCUUUCUCCUACAGCAUUGUGGGAGGGAAUAGUUGGAGCCAAUUCAGUCUGCAAGGAGCUGUCCUGGUGCUCAACGACCUCAUGUUGGGGCCCUCCUGGCCAGAGCAGCCCCAUACUUAUGAGCUAUUGAUCCGUGUGGCCGAUGCAGGUCCCUCCACCCCCCACCUCAGCACCACAGCCACUGUCAUUGUGCAUCUAGUUCCCUGGAGGGCCAGCACAGUGGCCACCAGCACCCACAGAGCCACAGUGACUUCAAUGAUGACACCUCUGCUUGUGACAGACACGGAGGCUUUCUGGCAGCCGGAGCCCUGGUUUGUGGUGGUGCUGACAGUGACCAGUGCCCUUCUCCUCUUGGCUCUGGGCUGGCUCCUCAGCAGGCUCCUGUGGGGGUUGGCCCAGGUGCUACAGGUACCAAGCAAACCAACCCAGGCUCUACUGCUGAACAGUAUCCAGGGAACUGAGGGGUCCGUUGAGGGGUUCAUGGAGGCACCGAGGAUGGAGACACCCCAGGCACCCAGCAGUGUCAUGAGCCUGCAUUUUGAUGGCAGAGCACAGGACCCCCGUACAGGCAGAGAUUACCUGUUCAACACGCACACAGGAGCCCGGCGCUGGCUCUGAGGCCAAGAAGCUGCAUCAUAUUUGUGGAAUUUCUUCUUCACAUGAUUAUGUGUUUUCAAGUUGAUUCAAUAAUAAACAAAAUUACAAAGAGAA